AUGGCCUCUGGCAACCGGAAUCGGACAGGGAGGAUUUAUGCCCGCAAACCGGGAAGCGGCUUGUCCAGACCCAAGAAGCAGAAAUCCGAGAGACAGCCAUCGCCUGGUGCACAGUCGAUGGUGCCAACGCAGUAUGGAGUCCCGCUCGCCGCCAAUACUGCUCCUAUCAUGUCGCAAACAAAUCCGUCAACUUCUUCCGCUGUGGAUUUGCAUUACAAUCCCACGAUCCGACCUGAUGCCAUCAAUGUAACUCCUUCUCACAUCCAUCAGCAUCCAGAUGAAUCCCGUCAGGACUCUAACAGUUUGCCUACGCUUGCGAAUCCACCGCCUGCCUUUGAUGGCCUUGGUGUCCAAAUGCCAUCACCUCAGCCUGGUCAGCAGCGGGAUGUGCCUGGUCCUGUUAAAGCCCCAGAGUUUGCACAUCAAUCAGUGGAUCAGACCGUUGAUGCACCAGCCAACGAGUCGAACUUGGAUUGGGCCGAUAACUAUGGAGGUCGGGAUUCUGAGACCGGUCGACCUGUGCCUCAUCAGCAGAUCCUCAACUACAUGGAGACUCUCUUUGCCCGCCCAGUCAAUCAUAUUUUCACACAUUCGAUGAAGGAUGCCAUUAGAAGGAUCCUAGGAGAAGAACUAGACUCUACAACUGUCCACAACUCAAAUGCGUCUCCUUAUAAGCGGAUCAGUCAACACUACAUCAAGGGGGUAAAGACAGUGGAGGAAUCUCUGCUGUGGGCAUUUGUUAUUCGGGCUGUGGCAUUGCCUGAAUAUUCACCACUGGCGAAUCUGUUCAAGAAAUCCAAUAAGAAGCCGAUGUUCAUGGCGAUGGCAAGGAUUGUUGCCGCUUUGUAUGAAGGCAGGGCGAUCCCUGCUUCUUGGGUUGAGGAGGCAUUCGGGGUGAUGGAUCCACAAAUCACCUACGAGAGCCCGAUGACAUUGGGCUUUUUUGCACAACAGAAUGUGAGGCAACCUGCCACUUCAAAGGGCAUUCAACAAUUUAUCCCGCCUGUAAAUCAUUCUGCGCAACAGCAGGUCCAAUACCUAGCUCAGCCGAACAAUGUCCAAUACUUCAGUCAGCAAUCUGCCUCCCCAUCUGGUUCCGUUCAGUUAUCCAGUCCUUCCCCGUCUGCUCAGCAACAGAUCCAACACCCAGCCCGGCCAUCUGAUGUGCAGCAGGCGGCUAGAUCAUCAGGUGUUGCGCGUUCUGUUCGGCCUGCUGUCUUGACAUCUUACAUACAGACUGGAAGACAGCAAUUGGGCACGGCGACCAUCGUUCAAUCACCUGAUAUCUCUCGAUCUAUACAUCAGUCGACGCCGCGACCGCAUCAGACGGCCGUAUCAGGCCAGCGCCGUGAUCUCCCUGGCCCAUUUGUGUCCGAUGGAUCCGACUUCUCACAGUAUGUCAGUAGUGAGCAGAACACUGGCUCAUCGCAUGUGAACAUGUGGCAUAAUGUUUUUGGCAGAUCUCUUGUUGGGAAAGGGCAAUCCAAUGCCGGUGCCGACCUCUCCGUUGUUGCGACUCAGUGCAGUGGAGAUGAGGAUGACGACGACGAGUCAUCAGUUCUUACUGACGACCAUGAGACCGAUGGCGGGUCAUUUACGUUGGAGGAACGCAAAGCUAUGAUUUCUACAGUCAUGGACAGGUCAAGCCAGAUCCCCCUCAAGCACAGAAAUGAUAUUGUGACUGGAUGGCUCCUGGAGAAGUUGAUGGACGCCGGUAUCGAUGUAGCGGAUGGUACAACCAGCCGCAACAACCGCCUCCUCAAACGCGACAAGCUAGAUUAG